CAAGGCCACGGCAUCAAAGCGCUCUCUGGCACUCUCUGGCAAGCUCUCUUGCUCUGGCGGCGGCGACGGCGGAGGAGGAGGCGGUUGCUGUCGAGUUUCUGUGUGGGUUGGGUGUGUGUGGGUCAUUGCUGGGAGGGUUCGUCCUUGCUAUGGUUUUACGAGAAGACUAGCUGUUUUCAAGGCGUUUGCUCUCGACCGAAAAAGCAACAUGGACUUCCUAGGUCUAUUUGACCCAUCUGAGGAGGACUCGGAUGUGGGCUCUUCCUCUGGCUCGCUGGGCUCAGCUGGCAUGUCUAGCCCAGACUCCUCCAGCCCAGAAUCCGGCCUGGAGGAAUCUUCAAGUAGCGAGCUGGAGCAGCUGCCGGACCAGCUGCCUCCCGAGCCCCAGCUGGGUAACAUAGAGUACAAGCUGAAGCUUGUCAGCCCAUCCAAGCACAGGUUCCAGCAUCUAGUCACACAGAUGAAGUGGCGGCUCCGCGAGGGCCAGGGCGAGGCCAUCUACGAGAUUGGUGUGGAGGACAGCGGCCUGAUGACGGGCCUGGAGCCGGCAGAGAUGACCGCCUCUCUGACCACCCUGCACCGGAUGGCCGCAGAGCUGGGCGCCGCCGUUACCGUGCUCCGGGAGCGCCGCGUGCCAGCAGCGCCCGGCGGCCCAGAGCGCUGCGUCUCGGAGGUGCUCGUGAGGAAGGUGCCGGACGACAUUCACUCGGUGGACCUGCGUCUGGCUGUGCUCGGUAACGCCGAUGUCGGCAAGUCAACUCUGCUGGGAGUCCUGACCUACGGAGAGCUGGACAACGGUCGUGGAAGGUCACGGCUCAACAUUUUCCGUCACCUGCACGAGAUCCGGACAGGACGCACGUCCAGUAUCAGUCACGAGAUCCUGGGAUUCGACUCUGAGGGAAACACGGUCGACUACUCUGCCAGUCCCACCGCCGAGGAGAUAUGUGAACAGUCCACCAAGCUGGUAACAUUCAUCGACCUGGCCGGCCAUCAAAAGUACCUCAAGACCACCGUGCUGGGGCUGACCGGCUACUCGCCCCACCACGCUAUGUUGGUGGUGUCAGCGAACAGCGGGAUCGCUGGAACCACGCAGGAGCAUGUGGGCCUAGCGCUGGCGCUGAAGGUCCCCAUGUUUAUCGUCGUCACGAAGAUCGACCUGACGUCGGCUGCUACCCUGCGGCACACGCUGGCUGCUCUGGAGGCGAUGGUGCGCGGCCCGGGCUGCGGGAAACAGCCGCUCCGUGUCGUUGACGAGACGAGCGCGGCGGAGGCGGCUGCUGCCCCGCCAGACACCGUGCCCGUGUUCAGCGUGAGCUCCGUGACUGGUGCCGGUCUGCCACUGCUGAAAAAGUACCUGCACGCGCUCAGCCCGAGCACAGGAGCUACGGAGAGGAAACGGUUAGAACAGCAGCUAUGCGAGUUCCAGAUAGACGAGACUUACCGGAUAUCAGAGACCGGGGUAGUGGUAGGGGGACUUCUAACCAAAGGCAUCAUCACAGAGGGAGCGCGGCUCAGUCUAGGUCCACUGGAGGACGGCACCUUCACCCCCGUACGGGUCUCCACCAUCCACCGCAACCGGCGGCCAUCGCGCGUGGUGCGGGCCGGCCAGGCGGCCUCUCUGGCCAUUGACCGCGACGUGCCCGGACUGAGGCGAGGGAUGGUGCUGCUGGCACCCCAGGCGCGACCCACCGCGUGUCUCUACUUCCAGGCGACGGUGUGCGCGUUCCGGCCUCAGGCCAUCUGCCGGCGGCUACAGACCACCGUACACCUGGGCAACGUGCGGCAAACGGCCGUCAUAGAGGGCGUGUUCGACUCGACAGACCAGCUGCCGGCCAACAAAACCACCUCGGCCAUGUUCAAGUUCUACCGUCAACCCGAGUAUGUCAGCGUGGGAGACCGGCUACUGUUCCGGCUAGGCAGAGCGCGGGGGUAUGGUAUCGGUACGGUAACACAGGUGUUCCCAUGUCGACAAGAAGAAGAGGUGAUGUAAGUAGAGGAAUGGGCGAGAGAGAGCGGGACGCUCGCCGGUCGAGCGUCCCGGUUAUAUGAGUAGUGCCGUGUUGGAUCAUAUUAUGUGUUUUACUCCUCGUUUUCUCGCACGGCGCGAUGUAUAAAUUUUAGCCGAGUUUUACGUUGGCGGCGCGGCCGUCUGUAUGUAUGAGUUAGUUCGCUAGUUUAGAUAGGACGGGCUCGUCGGGCGACGAGCGCCGUAGUCUUUCAGUGAGACGCAGCCGGGCGCGGCGCGAUCGCCGGCGACCCGCCACUGCCGCUGUCCCCACUCCUGUGUCACAGCUGUGACACCGCCCGUGUCACCGUCGUGACACCGCCGUGUCACCGCCGUGAAACCCGCUACCUGACUGCCCCCGGCAGCCGGAACACCCGUACAAUCAACGCACGGGCGCGAGGCGCGAUCACGCCACUGUACCCUCAGCGGUGACCGAUAUAUACAGAGGUACCGGAGUGAUCCCCAUCCCAUCCUCACCCAGCGGACGGUUUGUCCGACUUUUAUCAGGCACGCUGCUCUCCGAAUGUAUUUUUGGAACGGAAUGUCGGCUGUUGAGCUGACCUGGAGCUGGCUGCUACGGUAUCCGAGGAUUUUAACAUGAACGUUUAUGCUUGCUUGAUUGGAUCCGUGAUUAACAUGGCACCAAAUAAAGACGGUACCUUUCUGA